GGCCGCAGCACAGGAAGGCCACAGAGGAAAAGGCUGCAGCCCGCGGUGACAGCCAGGGCCGUGGGCCCAAGCCUCCUGUUCUGCUCUUCUUGGGCCCAGAGCUGGAGUGACUCCAAACUCUGUAAACUUCGGGGAUGGUCCCCUGGGGCAUGGAUCGCCCGGAGCUGCAAAAGGACAUGUGCCUCUCCCAGGGACCAUGCUCUUGAGCCAUCAUGCUCUGGUUGAAAGUGUCUGGCUUCCAGCCACCCUCCGUGCGGCGGCUCAGGCUACAACGUAAGUUCCACUUCCUCCUCUUCCUUUCUGGCCUUGUCACCUUGUGCUUUGGAGCCCUCUUCCUGCUGCCCCUCUUCCUGCCUCCGCGGAUCCAGCAGCCUGACCAGGAGGUGGUGGCUGAUGUCUCCAGCCACCUCCUGGCCCACGGGCUACUGCCGCCUCCCAAGCCGGCCCCCGCUGCCCCUGCCCUGGGCGAGCAUGAACCCCGCAGCCAGUCCCGCAUCCUACGCAAGAAAGGGGGAGCACGACGCAUGUGGCCCACCAUCGCAGCCAUUAGGCCGAAGAACAAGAGUGUCCUGUUCAGCUUCGACUUCAAUGCAUUCCGCAGCCGCCUCCGCCACCCGGUCCUAGGGACCGGGGCAGAUGAGAAGUCUUCUCAGAGCCCAGUGGGAGCCCAGAGGGAGAAAAUCAAGGAGAUGAUGAAGUUUGCUUGGCAGAACUACAAGCGCUACGCAAUGGGGCAAAACGAGCUCCGUCCACUAACAAAAGACGGCUAUGAGGGCAAGCUGUUCGGAGGCCUCGGCGGAGCGACUGUCAUUGAUUCCCUAGACACCCUCUUCCUCAUGGAGCUUAAGGAGGAAUUCAGGGAGGCCAAGGCCUGGGUUGAAGAGAGUUUCCACCUGAACGUGAGUGGAGUGGCAUCUCUGUUUGAGGUGAACAUCCGCUACAUUGGAGGGCUCCUCUCAGCCUUCUACCUGACGGGCGAAGAGGUGUUCCGAGUAAAGGCCAUAGAACUCGGGGGUAAACUCCUGCCAGCCUUCAAAACCCCCACAGGAAUCCCAAUGAGGUGUAUCAACUUCAAAAGCCGGAGCGGGAGCUUCGGCUGCGACUGGAACACGAUGAGCGACAGCAGCGUCCUGGCCGAGUUUGGAUCUCUGCACUUGGAAUUCUUACACCUCACAGAGCUUUCUGGCAAGCAGGUCUUUGCGAGAAAGAUCAGGAACAUCCGCAAGGUCCUCCAGAACACGGAUAAGCCCUUCGGCCUCUACCCCAAUCUCAUCAGCCCACUGAGCGGUAAGUGGGAGUUGCAACACGUCUCGGUUGGGGGCCUCGGUGACAGUUUUUAUGAGUAUUUGAUCAAAUCCUGGUUUAUGUCGGCCAAGACAGAUUUGGAGGCUAAAACUAUGUACUACAAAGCCCUGGAGGCAAUCGAGACCAACUUGCUGAAGGUCUCGCCUGGGGGGCUGACCUACAUUGCUGAGUGGAAAGAGGGGACUGUGAUAAACAAGAUGAACCACCUGGCCUGUUUCGCCGGGGGCAUGAUUGCCCUUGGCACUGAGGAGGCAAAGGAGACCAAGAGGGCCCACUACCGAGAGCUCGCCGCCCAGAUCACCAAGACGUGCCACGAGUCGUACGCCCGCUCAGAUACCAAACUUGGGCCUGAGGUCUUCUGGUUCAAGUCCAGCAGAGAGGCAAUGGCCAUCUAUGCGAGGGAGAGCUCCUACACCCUGCGGCCAGAGGUCGUAGAGAGCUACAUGUACUUGUGGCGCCAGACCCACGACCCAAUCUACAGGGAGUGGGGCUGGGAGGUGGUGGUGGCCUUGGAGAAAUACUGCCUGACUGAGGCCGGUUUCUCGGGGAUCCGGGACGUGUACAGCAGCACCCCCAGCCACGACAACAAGCAGCAGAGUUUCUUCUUGGCGGAGACACUCAAGUAUCUCUACCUUCUGUUCUCUGACGAUGACGUGCUCUCUCUGGAAGACUGGGUGUUCAACACCGAGGCCCACCCGCUCCCGGUCAACCAUUCAGACAGCUCCAGCAGGGCCCGGGGCUGACGUUGACCCGCCUCCCUGCUGCUCCCUGGCGGCCUCAAGGUUGCAUGGUCUUUUCAGGAGUUCGGAACUGUUCUCAAAGGGACGAGAAAUGGAGGCCCCACCGGAGCAGACCACUGACAGAUUUCCUCUGUGAGGAGACAGGACUUGGAAAUGUGGCAGUGUCACAGCCAGGUCCCGGUCAUGUGUGGCCCAGUCAUUCCUUAUUAUGGAGAAAUUUCUAUGAAACCCACAAAUUUGCUGCUGCAGGGCCAAAGGACCAGAGGUCUGCAUGUCAACCCCACAGCUGGAUCUCUUCCUUUAUUGGUUUUGUUUGAUUUUGCUUUUCUUUGCAGUUCAGUUUUAAUUUAAUCAUGUGCUAAAACAGUAUCAUCCUGAUAAACCAGACCUCAAAGUGUUUAUGCACAUACAAUCUUGACCCCAUUAUCUCUAUUUUAAAUGCCUUUCCUCCAACAUUUAUUCCAUGUUCAACUACAUGUCUGUUACUUUAUAAUUUGAGUUGGGGUUUCCCUUGACUGGGGCCCAAGUGGUAGGACUCAACUAGUGCUAUUCUCCUUAUUGUAAUGGAAAAUUUGUGACCUGGAAUGAAAGACCUUGAAUAACAUUGAAUAACAAAAAAAAUAGCUUUAAAGCCAAAAGGUCUGAGAAUCAGUGUCCCACAAUCUGAAAGAUAAAUUAAGAGAAACUGAUAAAGAAAUGUUGCUAUAUAUAAAAUUACUUUGAAAAAAAAUACGAGAUAAAAAUAGUGAAAAUAGCUACAUGUUGCUCUGAUAAGCCCUAAAUAUCCUAAUGUAUCAAAUAAAUAACAUUAAAUCAAAAAGCAAAUUUCAGGGGUAGGUGUUAUGGUACAGUAGGUUGAGCCACUGUUUGAGAUGGCUGCAUCCCAUUGUCACUGUGCAAGUUAGAGACCCCGCUACUUCAUGCUUCCAGUCCAGCUUUCUGCUAAUAUACCUAGGAAGCUGCAGCUGAUGGCCCAAGUACUUAGGUUCCUGCCACCCAUGUGGAUGACCCAGAUACAGUUCCUGCCUCCUCAUUUCAGCCUGGCUUAGCCCUGGCUGUUGCAGGAAUUUGAGGAGUGAACCAAUGACUAGAAGAUCAAUUUUCUCUGUACCUCUGUCUUGCCCUCUGUGUGUGUGUCACCCUACCAUUCAAAUAUAUGAAUAUAAAUCUUUUUUAAGUUUGUGGAAAAAUGAAUUAAAAGAUAAGUUUAUUAAAAGUUCUACUUUCCAGGCUGGCAUCAUAGCACAGAAGGGUAAGGCACAGUCUGCAAUUCAGGUAUUCCAUAAGGGCCACACUUCAUGUCCUAGCUCCUCCACUUCCGAUCCAGUUCCCUGCUAAUGGCCUGGAAAACCAGCAGGGGAAGAUCCACGUGCUUGUGCCAACCAUGUGGGAGAGCUGGAUAAAGCUCCUGGCUUCUGUUUUCAGCCUGACCCACCAGCCCUGACCACUGCGUCCAUCUGGGGAAUGAACCAGUAGAUGGAAGAUUCUCCUUUUCUCUCUCUCCCUCUCCCUCUCUGUAACUCUCUCGAAUAAAUCUUAGAAAAGUUCUAUUCUCACAAGAUUAAAUAUUACUGUGCUAUUGAUGUGAUCUUUUCUCAUUUUCAGCUCUUUCCAUGAGAAUCAUUAUGAUUGAAUAAAUAUAUUAUACAAA